UUUGUGGAUAUAGCGGGCAAAGAACGACGGAGGUGCUAGACCUCUUUGCAAAGAAUGAAUGAAUGUGGGUUAGAGAAGGAAGGACGACGGAGACCUCAAGCCUGUAGAGAGUGGACAGGGCGAGAGGGCAGUGAGCAGAGGGUUUAAAAGGAGUGGAGGAUGGAUGGGGAGCGAAGCGUGGGUGGGACGAAAGGUCCAGAAAAACGGGGAGGGCGAAAUAGCGUUGCUGGAUGCCGGGGCUGUGGCGUUACCCCUGGCUAGCCCGAAAUGCCCUGGCCGACGAGUCAGCCACGCACACCUGGCCGCGCCCCAGCACGUUUCUCCAUUCAUCUCCAAUCUUUCGACCCUUCCAAGCUUCGCACACGACAGACUCUGCCCAACCCAGCCAGGAUCCGAGUGGAGAAAUCCCAAUGGCCGUCCUGGACCACGUUUCGCCAUCGUCCUCUCUGUGUCGCCUUCGAAACCCACAGCGAUGAAAGUUUCCCCUCAACAUGGCCGUCCUGCACCUGGGCAUCGUUGCUCUUUCCCUCCUUGCUCUUUUCCAUCCCUCCCACUCUGGCUGCCAAAAACAGGACCAUCUCCUGCGAAUGCCGUCAGCCCGGGAGCUGUGAUUGCCUCGUCAUCUCGGACUAAAUUUACGGGUUACUUCCUGUGGGCUGACGGUCUCAUCUCGCCCGCCGACAUGCCCGCCACGUUACUGGUGUGCCUGUUGUGGGUCCCCAUUAGGAACAGGACUAGCGUGACUUGGCGCUGUCAGGGCCGACCAGAGCUGAACAAAGACAGCUGGACGCAGAUGAAAGGCAACCAAGCAAUCCACCACAGCCACCACAACGUCCGUCUCGCCCUGUCGCCGUCGUGGCAACCUCUGGUGUGUUCCGAUGGCGACUUCGUAGCAUUUCAUUGACACUCAUCGAUUGGAGCCUUCGUUUUUGUCCCCUGCUGUUCAACACAGCAUGAAACCUGGCGGUCGAGCGCAACCUUCGUCAACUGGCCUCUGCCGACGCUCUCCCACGGUGACAUUGGAUUUCUCUCGCGCAUCUCCCUGCAUGCUCCCACUCUUGCAUCUUGCCUGGUUCCUCGACAUGCUUAGCAACCAUCUCUUGCCUCGAAGCCCAACAAAAACCGCACUCUGUG